UUCAAUUUCCAUAGUUUUAAAAAAGAGUGUUAACAGUUCUUCUCCUUACAUUUUAGUCAAUUGACAACGUGGGCGAAAGACUGCGUAUUUUCUUUAAUUGCUUUGCGACCAGUGGAUGUAAAAAAAAUAUUUUACGAUGAAUAGAAAGGAUUCUCCGCAGAUCAUUGAAUCUACCUACUCGCAUGUCUUCAACUUCGAAAAAAACUACUUUUAUCCAGACUCUCAAAAAUGGUUCCAGAAUAAUUUUCAGUACUGCUACUACUGCUGUAUUAUUUACGUGAUCCUAAUUUUUGGCGGGAAGUAUUACAUGUCGAGUAGGCCCAAGUUCGAUUUGAAGGGUCCGCUUGCAUUAUGGAGUGGAUUGCUUGCAGUGUUCUCCAUUAUCGGAUUCUGUAGAACAGCACCAGAAAUGUUCUCUACAUUGAGACAUCAUGGGUUUUACCACAGUAUUUGCAUACCUAGCCACCUUUUGCAAGAUCAUGUUUCUGGCUUUUGGACAUGGGUGUUUGUCCUAUCAAAGAUCCCAGAAUUUGGCGAUACGAUCUGCAUUGUGUUACGAAAGCAACCAUUGAUAUUUCUACAUUUUUACCAUCAUUUAACUGUUGUUCUUUACUCUUGGUUCACAUAUGCGGAGACUACAGCAGCCACAAGGUGGUAUGUCGUAAUGAACUACUUUGUUCAUUCCUGGAUGUAUUCUUAUUAUACUUUGAAAGCAAUGCAAUACAAAGUACCAAAAGGCUUUGCCAUGAUGAUUACUACGAUGCAGCUGGUACAAAUGGUGAUUGGUUGCGUUGUAACUAUUGCGGCUUACUAUUAUCGAGAAAGUUGUGGACUUGAAUGCUAUACUACGCGUAAAAAUUUUAUAUUUGGUUCCGCCAUCUACUUCAGUUAUUUAAUCCUAUUUGGAAAAUUCUUCUUCAAGGCUUAUCUUUCCGACAAACGGAAAAACAAAGUCGGAGAGAACGUUCACGUCAAUGGAAGAAAAGAGUGUUAUAAACCAAAGACUAGCUAAAGUAUAUCAAAGUUUUUGACAUCUUUUUCUAUAAACGAUUUCUGAUAACAUUUCGUGAAAACACUUACAACGUAUUUUAGAAGUCUGUAUUAGUUCAGAACGAUAGAAAUUGGUUGUGACAUA